AAGGAAGAUGAGCCAAGCACCCAGAACACUGCCCGAGCUCCACAGUCAACAGCUACAGCUAACUGAACGAGACAGCACAGGUCCUCACACCAGGUACCACAAACACAAGGUACCAGAAAAUGCUGUUUUGACUACCUGCCUUCGCAGCGAGCUACACAAGACCGGUCCUCAUCACCCACCGAUCGUCCCACCUGCCCUAAUGCCAACAUUCCUGGGCAGCCCUGUCAAAAAGGGGGUGGGUCAAAAAGGAGUCAACAGGGAAGACCUGAUCGACACAGGAUUAAACCUGACGGUGAUCUCAUCUUACCUUUUCAAAAGACUCCAAUUUGAAGCUAAGAGACAAGAUCGAACUCUUACACCUCAAACUUAUGAACUGAAUGUACAGGUGUACAGACAGGAUGACAUCCAGUUUGAACAGGUUGUUUCCAUUCACCUGACAUUCGUUCCGAUGAGUCUAAUACAUCCCAUGUAUGUCCCACCAAUGAACACUCAUACAUUGCUCAUCGACAAAGACCUGCUAGAACACUUUGACCCUUUUCUGAACUUCAAACAGCUAAAAGACUUUGCUCAAGUGCGAGAACCUCUUUCUCUCCAGCCACACAGGUUGCUAGAGCCAGACUGUCAGGUCGCAGAGGUCACGGGAACUCCCACAGAGCCAGACGGUCAGGUCACAGAGGUCACGGGAACCCCAGCAGCCAGCCAUGAGUACAACGCCCUAACAACAGGCCCAAGUUCAAGCCUCUGUACCUUAGUCAACAAACAGGGUACGGUGGUACCAGCUUACACCAAAGGGGUCGCUGUUCGGCUCAACCUGCAAGGUGGUCAAACCUUACACCACACGCUGGGUUUCUUCCAAUCCUCACCUGAAUGUGUGGAACUCGGACUCACACUUGCAAACAAGCAUGUCAAACACCAACACCUGUUCCAGCAAUGUGAUAACAUCACAAAAACACACAAUGUGAUCGUGUACUGGAAGAAGGAAAAAGGACACUCAAAGUUACCAAGUCUAGACGAGGACUUUAAAGAUCACACUGACACCCUUGCCAAAACUGGCACACUAAACAACAUUCUGUGGUCACUCCCAACCCACCCACCCACAUUCAAGGUUGAAGUGAUUACACACAGCACAAGAACUUUACUAGCUAAACUGCCUACCUCAGAAUCGCUUACGCAGGCUCCGUUGUCUACACAGACCAACAUAGCGGACAUGCGGGCUUCUGAAACCUUGAUAAUGACUUUGUUUUACCACCUCUCAGACCCCUCCAUCCACCCUGGCAACCAGUCUACAGUCACUGACAACCAAAGCCCCAGACCACUGCAUGAUACACAAACCAUGCUGCGUGCACAGAACAAUAUUGUGGGUUGUGCACCGUCUGACAUCACAAUGCCAGGGCGUGUAAUGCCACGGAGCAAAAGGGGGAUACUGCCAAUAUAUUUCCAUGACGCAGCAUGUGCUGCACCACGCAGCACCAGAGCCACUGACACAACACUGAGGCAAGCGUCAUGCCAGCAGCAAGAUGUGGCAAAACAUGGGCGAGGGCGAGCUAAACCCAGUCGCCGCCCACGAAGCAAAGAGACUGUCCUGUCCAACCAAAGACAGGCCUUGUUUGUUUUUUUCUCCCCUUUCUCUCUCUCUCUCCCUAUUAUCUGUACCAGGAUGCUGCUGUGGUUUGCCGUGCUGUGCUGUCAGCCAAAGAGAGGACAGCUGCCACCGAGAAAACCGCUGAGACUCCUGACUACCGAUGACAGGGCACACUACCCCAGCACUGCAACCGAAUACAGCUGUACAAGGUUCCGAUGGAGAGAGGACUCCCUCACUCACACUGAGGCCGAUGUCAAACACCUGUUCAGCCAACAUGAGAAAGUGACGGUUACACAAAUGGAGUUAGGUGGACACCACCACCGCUCCAAACAGUUCCCGGGAGCUUUGCUUAGAGCCGCUGCUGCCGCCAGAAUGUUUAACAUUGUUAUGUCCAGUGUCAAUGCAGCGAACCAGACUGUAAACUCCUUGAAACCACUGUUUACUGCCUUCCAGAAGGACUUUACCCAGACUCAGCUGUUAACAGCAUUAACAACAGCCAUGCUGUGGGAGGUUAGCUCCUCCAAAGACAGCCUAACCACGAGUAAAACCCCACCAUACAUGAUACCCUUAAGCCUUGUGUUAACUGUGCUGUCUUACGCCAUCACCAUGCCAGCUGACCUGCUACAAAUACACCUGGCCAACUCUCUGGAUAGCGCCUUCCUACGGCACGUAAACCCCAAACAGAGAGAAGUGAACGUGCUCCUGAACCAACUCAUCAGCGAGUCAAACCAAGUCUACAGACCUAAAGACAUUGUCAGUGUCAGGAUGUGGAAGAGCAACACCCACACCAAAACACGCAUUCCAAAUGUGGUGGCCUACCACGACAGCAACACACAGCUGUACCUGGCCCCAAACAUGCACAUGUGUACUUUAACCAAAGACAUUCAUUAUCUCUGCCUUAGCAAACCCUUCCUCAGACACAACUCUGAAGGAAUCUGCGAGCUGCAACCCUGGGUCAGCGAUACGCGCUGCCCUGCCGAAGCCAAGCCUCGUACACAAGUCACAGAAACGCAAGCAGAGAUUGUGGGUAACAGAUGGCUCGUCAACACUCCUGUGCGCUCAGCUAUGCUGACCUACGACCAGCAUGACACCGCCACCCGUGCCAACCUGCUGGACCAAGUACUGAAAGGUACCACCCAACACAUUGACAUUACUCCUGUCGAUACAGCCCUCCAAGCACUGUCUCGACAGCCCAUUCUGAACCAGUCAUCUGCGGUCCUAGCCUGGACUGCUGCCGACACUGCACGGUGCAUCUUCACCGUCAUUGGUCCCACCCUGACUCUUGGCGUGACCUUCAUCCUAUACAGGAUACUCAACGAGAUGCAAACCUCUACAGCCAAACUCACGACAACUGUGGCUGGAGGUCCCCGAUGGAAUCCCCGGAAAGGGGGUGCCAAGUCAAAGACAACACCGAACCUCAUCAAGGGGAGUCCUCAGCUUCAGGAACCACCUGCCAUCAUGACCCACCUGCUACAUGACCAUCACGAUUCACCUUUCAUCUGCCCAUCCUGAUGAUUGCCGUCCGAUGAUGUCCACACAGGGACUUCAUCUGACGAAAGGGGGAGAUGUAACAGAUAUGCAGGUCAGCGAUUCAUGGGUUAAAUUCUGUUUUAUAAAUUCAGACUGUUGGUACUAAAUGCCAGCCUGGCUGGACUUAAACUAUUUACGAUGCCCAUGCGAGCUUCAAAGAAGAAACGAAAACCCCCAACCCAAAUUCUUCCAACACUGGAGACAAAGGAACUUUUCGUAUAAGUUCCUUACUUUCAUUUUAUUAUUAAUAUGUAUUUUAAUUAUGUUUAUGGAUUGCAUAAAAUGGUUAAUCCUUGUUAUGUGAAGAGUAUAAGUUGCAAGCUUAUACUUUAGGAAAUGUCUUUCCUCACUUUAACUUCCUCAAAGAGAGCCAUGCUUCUGCAACCCCCACUUUUGCAGGUCGUAAAGUUUACGACCACACAG